AUGAAGCCAACAACAAUUUUGCAAAAACUACAAUUACUUCGCCCUCCGAAGCGGGAGGACGUGGACUGGGACCACUGUCUACCCGUCGAAGUCCUCGAACAGAUCUUUGGUUACCUUCUUGACGAACGUGAUGCCUGCCCAACGCGUGUUAUGUUCAUCAGAGGUACCUUCCAGCCGACGCUCCGCGCUGCUGCACUAGUCUGUCGAGGGUGGCAUGACGUCGUGACGAAACAUCUAUACAACGAGAUUUACCUCUCGUCGACGAAGGCUUUGGAACUCCUCACCGAUACACUGGUGAAGUACAAGUAUCUUCGGCCCCUCGUGCACCACUUCCAUUUUAGCAGCAAAGUGUAUGCGUCGGGAAAUGCACAGAUGUUGUAUACAGCGAUGGAUAUAUAUAGCUUACGGAAGAUUCAUGAGAUAUGUCCGAAUCUGAAGCUUCUUGUUAAGGCGAAGCCAUGGAUGAAGGCCUUGCCCGCGGACGAUGACCUCGCGUUUCGCGCUCUCAAGUUCGAUCGCGCGCAGAUUGAUAAGCUGACGCAUUUGGAGUUAGCUAUGCCGAAUGGUGCGAUUUUCGGAGGGAGAAUGGGAUUUUCGUCGUCCAUCGAGUUCCCAGCGCUACAGGAAUUGUACAUCACAGAAUCCUGGAGGAAUUAUUACGACGACACGGACUUGAACACUCCACAGUGGUUCCGAAUGCCACAACUUCGUCGCUUAAGUCUCUUGGGUGUUAAAGUGCAUAAAUGGCAAACACUUACCUUCCCUGAACAUUCACCGCUUAUCAAUACCAUCGAGUUCUUGAAAGGGGAUUACGAGAACGUGACGAACUUCUUCGAUCCAUUGACGAGCCCACUCCUUCCGUAUAGGAAGACGCUCGAGUCGUUGACGAUUACUGCGAAGCAGGUUACUGAAGUCACAUUUCCCAAGACCUUCAGAUGGAUUGAACUUCUUGAUCCAUACAUACAAAGCGAGUCAAAAUGGUCACUUGCGUUCCUCGAGAACCUCGUCGAGCUUUGUCUUCCGUUUAGGAGUUUCGCGAGGAUAGAGAUAACAAGCUACCCUCCGCACCUUAAGGAACUGGUCCUCUCCGGAUACCUAUGGGAACUCUUCGAAGAGGACACGGACGACAUAAAAUGUGGAGGUGAUAACCUAGAGAAACUUGUUAAAGUUAGACAGGCAGGGCGUUACUUAAGGGAAUUGAAGCGUAUACGGGUCCUGGUGCGCGAUGUGGAAACGAGGAGGUCGUAUGUGCAGCUGAGAGACCAGCUUCCUGGUGUCGAGUUGAAGUUGGGAACUGGCCGUCUUUAUGAUCUUAGCCUUGAGGAUAACUUCAAGAAGCGGAACGAGAAUGUGUAUACGAAUAGUAGCCAUACGAAAGCGGAUGAUGCUCACCAUGACUAA